GUUGCUUACACAGCAACCACUGAGCGUAAUCCCCCACGGUACCUUUUAGUAGCCCCCAUCUGACAAUAUGCUCUCUUAUUCAUUCUCUCUCUCUCUCACACACACACACAAACACACUGGGACUGCCCCAGACUUCAUGCUGAACACACGACGGACACGCGAAGAGACAACGACGGCACAAACUUCAGCACCAACUCCCGCCUCACUCGUACACCUUUCAGCGCCCCUAAGAAGUUCCACUGGGAACCAGACGCACUGUGGAGGGCACGCUUUCAGGAGGGUCCUGUCUCUACCAAGUGACAAAGAGCAGAGAGACGGAGAGACAGUGAGACAAGUGGACGCGAGGACAGCUGUCUCUGACUAGUACGCACUUUCGGCCAUCUGUCCCAUUGGACAGGAUACAAACCAUUGCAUCCUGACACUGCAGUUUGACUGGAGAACCCAAUUAACUUUAUGUGUCUGCAUUUGUUUGAAUAUCCUCAAAAACUGCCAACUUCCUGAACAUAUGGACCAAGCCGUGCCAUUGUGAGCAGAACCUGGGGAACUAUCACGCGAUCGCCGCAGGGUCUGGUUGCCUAGAUACGGAGUCAAACUUUGAGGGACCCCUGGUGUGACUCCUGUCAGCUCUGCAGGAGAGGAGGUGUUUCCAGCGCUUCCCUUGUGUCAGUCGCCUCCUCCUCUCUCCCCCUCUCCAUCUCGCUCGUCCUCACGGAAACGAUGGACGAACGCCUCCCGAAGCUGCCUCUCCUCUCCUCCUGCACCUCCCCGGGCCAGUCUCCUGGUAGCAGCGGGACAGAUGACAGCAGAGGGGCCAAAAGCCCUGGCCCUGGGAAGGCCCUGAGCCCCACCCUAAUGUGUAGAGUGUGUGGGGACACCAGCAGCGGGAAACACUACGGCAUCUACGCCUGCAACGGAUGCAGUGGCUUCUUCAAGCGCAGCGUCAGGAGGAGGCUCAUUUACAGAUGCCAGGCGGGAACUGGGAUGUGUCCAGUUGAUAAAGCCCAUCGGAACCAGUGCCAGGCUUGUCGCCUCAAGAAGUGCCUGCAGGCAGGCAUGAACAAGGAUGCAGUUCAGAACGAGCGACAGCCUCGCAGCACAGCUCAGGUGCGCCUCGACUCGCUGGACAUAGACCCAGAAAAAGAGCACCUGGCCACCACACGAGAUCCCAUCUCCUGUUCUUCCUCCUCGUCUUCUUCGGCGUCCGCUUACGUCGUCAUCCCGCGGCCCCACAUCACCUCCGCCGUAAGCUCCUCGGCUCAGGCGCAGCGCGGUGCCCCCAGCCCCCAGAACAACCACCGCUUCAUGGCCAGCCUGAUGACCGCCGAGACCUGCGCCAAGCUGGAGCCCGAGGAUGUUGAUGAGAACAUCGAUGUGACGAGUAACGAGCCGGAGAGGCCGUUGUCAGAGUACCACAUGUCACUCUACCCGUCCAGCAGUCCUGAGAACGUGUACGAGACCUCGGCUCGCCUUCUCUUUAUGUCCGUGAAAUGGGCCAAGAACCUGCCCGUCUUCUCCAACCUGCCCUUCAGGGAUCAGGUGAUUCUUCUUGAGGAGGCCUGGAGUGAGCUCUUCCUGCUGUGUGCCAUCCAGUGGUCUCUUCCACUGGACAGCUGCCCUUUGCUGUCGCUGCCUGAUUUGGCUCCCAGCAUGUCUUGCAAGGCUGUGCUGUCUGGUGUGGACGUGCGCAUGCUCCAGGAGAUCUUCAGCCGCUACCGCAUCUUGACCCCUGACCCCACUGAGCUGGCCUGCCUCAAGGCAAUCGUCCUGUUCAAGCCAGAGGCUCGAGGUCUAAAGGAUCCUGAUCAGGUGGAGAACUUGCAGGACCAAUCACAAGUGAUGCUUGGCCAGCACAUCCGCGCACAUUACCCAAGCCAACCUGCGAGGUUUGGGAGGCUGCUGUUGCUGCUGCCAUCUUUGCGGCAGGUGAGCUCGGAGCGGAUUGAGCUUCUCUUCUUCCACCGCACCAUCGGGAACACGCCCAUGGAGAAACUCCUGUGCGACAUGUUCAAGAACUAGCCCGUAACAUGAACUCAACAUCGCUCUAGAACUUGAUCUCUCUAGCUCUGGUCAACAUCUAAACACAUAAAUCCAUAUAUACCACAAACCAUUACUGGUUAACAACAUGCUUACCACAACCAUAACCAGACAAUAUUACUGAUUUGCAGGUCAAGAACAUACUUAGUUAUUACCAUAUGUGUGACAGUGUUAACAUUUACUCCUUACUAGCUCUUGAAGGUCUCUUGAUCCUUAACAUACAGACUGUAAAGCAUCUCUGGGUAUCCCUCAGGCAAGGUGGUGAAAUUAUCGGUGACAAUACGGAUAUCGUGGAAUAUAGGUAGGGCUGCUAAAGCAACAACAAUUCACCUAGACUUAUAAUACACUUCUCUCGCACUAAUACACACUGCUCAGGAUGACCUUUCACAGUUGUCCAGGAAGUCUGAAAUCGAGUCAUAAGUUUGCAGGGGUCAUUUGUGUAGUCAGUGGCCAUCAGUUGGGAGAGAUGCUGCUUGUUCUACAACAAUGAUGUAAUUUUUAAAUUCACCGUGAAAUUAUAAUGUUUCUUUGUACACUUGAUCAUGUGUUUUUGCAAAUUGUUUAGAUUUUCUCUGCUGGAAUAUGUAUAUAGAUAAUAGAGAUUAGUUCUUUAGCCGUUAAAUGACAUGCCGAGUCUCAAAAAGUAUUGUUAUCUUUUUGAAAAUAAUUGCAUGUUGCAUAUUUAAAGAUUUUGAAGAAGAAGUGCUUUUGUUCUAAAGUCUUGCUUUAUGUUUGUAAGUAGAAAGGACAGGCAAAGGAAACAACUGCUAGGUUUAUAUCAGAAUUUGUCAUGCCUGUCUUUGUCCCUUAAAUUGACAAUAAGCUUUUUACUUGUGAGGUUCACUGAUUAUUAAUUGUAAAACUCAAUUUAAUGUCAACCUCAAAAACAUCCAAAUAGUUUUCUUUGAUAUGAGUCUGUGUUUACUUCUAUCCUUGUAUGUUUCUUCUUGUGUGAAUAAAUGAUCACAAUUCCAAA